AUGUUUACCAAAAAAUCUCAUCAGGAUGUCAAAAAAUCGACUGUUAAAAUACAGGAUUCCAAAAAGGAUUCCACCACUAGACUUAAACAUUUAAAAAUCGUUUUAGAACAUUAUGAUGUGGAUGAAGCCAAAAAUUAUUUCGAAAAUAAUUUUAGCCAUGUGUAUUUCAUUUUAUAUGACAACUUUAUACUAGCCGAGAAUAAUUUAAGACAAAGAGAACUUCCGUUUCACCUAGUUCACAAAGCGGGCAGAGAAGAAUUAGAAGGUGCUUUGUCACUUCUAGAAAAGGUAUUAUGUCUUCUACCGGAACUGAUAGGUAAAAGAUGGCAGUUACACUCCCUCACACGAAUUUUUUCAAAACUACUCCACAGUGGAAAUUCACAGAAACUAAGAGCGGAAGCCAUACGCUAUUUCUUGCUAUGGUAUCAAGCUUUAGGCGACAAUGCGACGGCAGAAGCUCACAGGAUGUUCGCGACCCUCGUGCCAGGUUUACCAGACACUUGUAUACCAUCGAUAGGCUCGCCAUUUAAAUCCAAACCUUUCGAUGUCGUGACCAACAUAUCCAGCGACACUGGUGACUUUAAAAUGGAGGACAUAAUGCAUCAUCCAAAUUUCAACACAGCAGCCGAUAGCGUCAAGAAAGUCGUUGUGGAACAGACACCAACUGGUAUUAUGGGGAAGUUGGCAAAUGUAUCGGCUUCUAUAUUCCAUGACACCAAUGCUCUAAAUCCUGUCCAAAGCGUCGACAUCCAGCCAUUAUUAACAGCGAACGCCAACGAAAAAAUCGUGGACAAUGAAACUAAAUACUUUUUCGAAAUACUACUAGAUGGUAUGGCAACAUCAGUCACCAAAAUACACUGGAAGGACCGAUCCCACGCGAAGGCAAUGAGGUCGUUUGCUUUCCUAUUGGAGAAAUUUAAAAUAUACUACCUGCCGAUUAUUUGUCCGCAGUUCAAUCACAAGAAUUCACUGUACAAACCGAAUCUAGAGCUCCCUGUCCAGCAUACUAUACUAGAAGAUGAUUUCGUCCAUUGUCGUGUGAUACUAAUCAAAUGGGUGGCCAGUUACGCUCACUAUAUGAAGAAGCCUGGCAGUGAAGGUGGCCAACCUUCUUCUAUGACCAGUACUAGUUCCCAUCAGCCUCACUCAGGCACCCCGACACCCGCUACGUCACUACAUCACGAAGAAGAGACCUCCUUCACCGUGGGACACCCUUCAGACUCCAGCAGAGCUUCCUCUCAUGACUCUACCUCUAUAACACCACACCCGAGUCUGGAAUCAGGUGGCGCUGAAGAGCUGGUGUCCGAGGCGGCAGUUCGUGACGUCCUGUGUUGUUGGUCCCGUGAGCAUGUGGACUUCACUGUGGAGGUGCUACGUCAAGGCUUCCUUCUACCGUUCAGCCACGCACCAGCCAUAAGAAGGGUCAUCGCUCUUUAUAAGGACUGGAUUCAGAUGAAUGUGGCAGAAAUUCCUCCGUUCCUAAUGGAGAGUACACUCGAGCCGUCAGGAGAACCCCUCGCGCCUCCGAGACGUCUUCGGAAUGAUUCUUACCUGGGAGCAGUUGGGAGAGACAACGUUAUGGUCCGAGCUGGCAUGCAGAACGUUCUGCAGGUGUUCAUGACGCAAGCAGCGAACGUGUUCGUGGGCGGAGCCAGCGGCCAGGGGGCGGAGCCUCACCUGCUGGACGAACAGACGGACACCUGCAAGCGGGUCCUCAACAUAUACAGAUACAUGGUCAUGCAUAUAGCAAUGGACGCCAGCUCGUGGGAACAGCUACUACUGGUGUUGCUACAAAUAACGUCCUUGGUGUUGACGAAAGUUCCACCCAAGAGUAAAGGUUAUACGCUAGGUGGAUCCUUGGCGCCAGCAUUGUUCCAGACUUUAAUAGUGACUUGGAUUAAGGCUAAUCUGAACGUAGCUGUGAGACCCGAACUGUGGCAAGACUUCAUGGAAUUGCUCACGAGACUCACGCACUGGGAGGAUCUUAUUAAGGAGUGGGCGAAAACUAUGGAGACACUGACCCGUGUGUUGGCUCGACACGUGUAUUCUUUGGAGCUGUCAGAGGCGACGGUGGAGGGGCGAGGUCGCGGCCGACGGCCCGUGCCGGCGCCCGCGCCCUUGAGACCGCAGCCCCUGCGACCGCCCGCACGAAACACAGGCAAGUCCCGACUGUCAGGAGAACCGUCCCGAAAAGAGGUCGCUCGAAGACUGGCGCGAGCAAGAAGCGACCCGCAUCUGAACAGACAUACAGACGACACCAAAGAUUCAUCCACUGUCAAACCGAGGCGCUGGUACUCGCUAGACUCUCUAAGGCAAUCUUCACAACAGGAGGAAAGAGAUUCUGCCAGCGGUUCAAGGUCACCGUCCCCAGCGCCCUCCAGCGGCGUAGAGAGCAGCUCCAUCAAAGAUUCACCUCUACAGAUAGACCUGGCAUCAGACGGAGGGAAUGUUGAAUGGUCGGAGACGGAUUCAAACGCGGGCGGGUUGAUGGUCGUGGGCGCUUCGUCAGGCGUGGGCGUGGGGUCGUCCGUGGUGGGCGCUCCGUCGGGCGUGGGCGUGGUCCUAGGCGGCGCGGCUCGUGGCUGGCUGCCGGAUGUCGCCUGCGUGUUGUGGCGACGCAUGUUGGCUGCGCUGGGCGACCCUAACGCUCUCAGAGACCCUCAAGCUCAUCACAACCUGUUCAAAUACCUCGUACAUUUGAAUGCUACCUUGAUCAAGAUAAGUCAGAAUCAAACUCUGAAUGGCAACACGGAGAUCCACGUGCCCUUCAACCUGGUGGCCGGCUGGUGUCUCGAGGCUGAGGCACUUCCACCAUCACACAGGGCUGGUAAAUUGGUGGCACUCCGUUUGCUGUGCGAGUCGACGGCUGCGCAGGCGCAGGGUCCGGGCGCUCCCAUCUCCUGCUCGGGCAGGCCACACCUCGCUCACCUACAACUGUACCAGCGAGCACUACAUCACGGUCUAACAGGUGAAGACCGGUCAGUAGUGGAUGUUCUGGUGGAGCACGCAGCUCCCCGCUACCUCUCGCUAGCCCUCGACGGAUACUCACUACUACUUCUGGACUUCGUUCACGCAUCAACAGUCGUGUUGAAUUCCUCUGAUAUGGGACCCUCGUGUCCUCGCACCGCUGCCGUCACGUUCCUGGGUUCUCUGCUAGCGUUACCUGACGAGCUCAUGAACGCUCCCAUGCUGCAGCCCUAUCCUCAUCAGUAUAACACGGUGUCAUGCCCUGACUUGAAGGAACACGUCCUCAACAUAGUAGUUCGUGUGUGUCGCCGCGAGGGGUCAGCAGCGGCGCGGUGUGCCGGCGCCUGUGCCCUGGCGGCCCACGUCGCGCACCUGCUGGCUGAGAGGGCGGAGGCUCCUCGACUACCCUCAUACGUCACCUGCCUACUACAGAUGCUCAUGAUGAAGAAUAAAACCAUAGCUAAGGUUGUCAGUGAUGCUGUGCUGGUGUUAGCUGAUUAUACGGACCGGAUAGUUGAACUAUAUCCAGGACUAGUAGAGAAGAUAAUAAAGUGGAUAUGCGCGUGUCUGGCACAAAUCUCAAGUAUGAGUGGCCGUGAGUCUGUGAAGCCGUUGGCGGGGUCCCUUCUACUGUGUCUGGCUGAGUACUCGGUACGGUGCGGCCCGGCCCGGCUGCUGGCGCAUCAUGAGGACGGGGGAUCGCUGCUGCUGAUGGUGUUCAAGGUGUUGUACGCUGUCAUGAAGGGUGCCAGCGGGUCAGACAUCGAGAUCCUCUCGCUGCCGGUCGAUGAAGACUUCGACCCGAACGUUCAGUUUGACAACCUGUCACCCAAGAACACUCCCGCCUCCACCAUCGACGUCAAGCUAUGGGCACAAACUAUCUGCAGUCAGCUGGUCCUGUACCUGGGUCAAUGGCCUUUGUGGAGCGGUUGUCAGACAUCAUCCAGUGUGUGUGAACAACACGACAGCCCGUCGCUAGGCCCGGAGCUAGGCGCGGCCGUACUCCGGGCGCCUCACCUACAACUCAUGAGGUUCAGUGACUCGACACUAGCCAGCCUCAUUGAACUACCCGCGAUGGACCUACCAUGCAGUGGUACUGCACCUGGUCUAGCAACCUCCGACCGUCAAGUGCGUGUGUUGCUGCGUGAUAUAUGUGGCAAGGCGUGUUGGGACGCCUCCGCUCUCCACUACGACCCGACAGUCGCUGGUGCCGAACAACCUCAGCAAAUACCAGUUCCGAAAACUGUGGAGAGUCCUAGCGAUAACACGUUAUCAUCUCUCCCUCCGCCGCUACCACCUGAUCUGCUCCCAGACUACAAGAACUCUCCGCCCGACAAACACCAAUUAGAUCAUGUGUUAGCGUAUAUCGGCCACACGUCUCCCGAGGUGACGUGCGGUCGUCGGCUGGACGAGGUGGGUGCUUCGCCCCUCCCGCCCGGCGUGGAGGACGAGCUGGUCUGCGCGCUCGUCGCACAUCGCAAUGCUGAGAGGAACUACCUCGCCAAUAGAGAUAGUGAUGAAGAAUGUGAGCCAGAACCGGACGUUGUCCGCGGGGGAGGGGCCUCGGGCUCCUUUGAACAGUGUCGCCUGCUACUGGCGCAGCUGGGGACGCUCGGGGCGUCGAGACGACCACACGCGCACCUGCUGAGGAGGUCCGACAGACUGCUGAGGGAACUGCGGAACCUCGACGCACAGAGAUGCCGUGAGACCCAUAAGGUGGCGGUCAUCUACGUGGGUAAGGGCCAGGAAACAAGGAACGAGAUAUUAUCGAACAGAUGCGGCAGUCCGGCCUACGAAGCCUUCCUGGCUGCUUUGGCGUGGGAGGUGGAACUGGAGAGUCACGUGGGCUUCACGGGUGGUCUGCGGGGCGGUGGGGGCGGCGGUGUGAGCGCCCCCUACAUCGCUACACUCACACUAGAGGCGCUGUUCCACGUCGCCACACGGAUGCCGGCCGACACACCCGACGCUAUACUUAACAAGACCCGUCACCUCGGUAACGACGAGGUGCAUGUAGUAUGGAGUGAACAUUGGCGGACCUACCGCCGCGACACUCUGCCCACACAAUUCUGUGACGUACUCAUAGUGUUGUACCCGCUACCGGCCGGCCUGCUGAGGUGUACCGUCUCUAGGAAACCAGAUGUGGCUGUAUUCGGUCCUCUAUGGGAGGAGUGUGUGAUCCGCCUGUCGUGCGCGGCGUCUUUGGUCCGCGGCGCGGCGUUUGCUGGCGGGCGCGCGGUCCGGGCCACCAUGCCGCUGUACCAGCACGCCUGCUCCGAGAGACGCCGAGCGUUGGACGCACUCGUACAGGAUCACACGCAACCAACAAGCUUCGAGGGGUUCGUGGCGAGAAUCAUGGACCCCGUGCCCACAGACAAACACGCGAUACAGAACGAUCAUAACGGCGCCCGGUUAGCUAACGCUCUGAUCGACCACGGGGCGAGCUCCUGGGCUAGUGGGGAGCCGCACUCAGUGUCACCGCGACCUACCAAGAGACUGGGACCCUUCAAGAGACCACAGAACCCCACAACCACGCCCAUACCAGGACUCAUCAGACACAACCGGUAG